CGACGCUGUGUCUAUGCUGCCCAUUCAGUGAAGAAAAAACUACCGCCGUCACAUAUCAAACAUGGCCAGCUUGGCCAGCACCGGCGUGCGCGAGCCUCCGAAGCCCAGUGUCAUCGCGGUUGCGGUGACGCGCUUGUCUGCCAUUGCCAUCCUCCUCGGCCUCUCGCUCGCCACCUUCACGUACAAGCACUCUCUCGAGCCCCUAUAUGGCGAUGCACCCGUCAGCCUACAUCUCACCAAGAUCGUAUGGGCUGCGUCUAUCCUCGGCACCUUUGCCCCGUCUGUACCAAUUUCUCGAGCUACACUAGGCCUCGGGCUCUUGCUGUAUGCCCUGCCUUACUCGUCGUACUGGGUAGCGGCAUAUACUGGUAGGCUUGGCGACCCGGUAUGGGGCCCAGUAGCAACGCAUCUCAUAGUGCUGCUGCCCAUUCUGUCUCUGGGUGUCGCCCUCGUAAAGGCACUGCAAGAAGCGCCGUACGCCAAAGACGACGCCAGCGCGCCGCAGUCUACAAUGACUCUGCCCGUGUGCGCCACGGCGGUAAACGCGCUCCAAGGCCUGUGGCCUGCCGUACCAUUCAUUGCCACACUCCCCGACACUCAGAUUUUCCUUCAAUUAGGCACAGUAUGUGCCUCGUUGUGGGCAUUGGCGCCAUUCGUGGCCAGCGUUCGCCCGCCACCAGCACCUGUCGUGAAGGUACUUGAACCAGCAGUGGAACCAUCCCCCUCACCAGCGAAAGGGAAGAAGGGCAAGAAGAACACUCCGGAGAAAGUCACGCCCGUUGCCGUUCCUCCUCCCGUUCAUCCCCGUCCUCAGAAAGAAAAGACCGCCAGCAAACUGCGGAUCGCUCUUCUUCCGCUGUUCCCGUUCCUGACAACGACGAUCCUCCGGGGGCCGACGCUUCCCAAACCGCUUCUUGAGCCGUACACACAUCCGUCUGGCGAGCUCAGAAUCCUUUCGUCCGUGCAAUCUUCCUACUCGGGUGUCGUUGUCGUCGGCCAAACACUCCAGAAGGAUCCCAACAAUAUCGGGAACAUGGACUACCUGCGGUACCUCCGGGCUGGACACUCCCUCCUCGGGGGUGUAUGGGUCGGGCCUAAGGCCGCAGCAGAGGAGCCCAGCGCGGUCAUCACGGACGAAGCCGGCGAGAGCCUGGGUGAUUCGAUAUACAGCGCGUUCGUGCUCCAAGAAGCCGCGCGGCUGGUGGUGAAGAAGCCCGGAAACGGCACGCCGAAGAACGCCCUGAUGAUCGGUCUAGGUGCAGGGAUAGCGGCGACGUCGUUUGACAGGCACGGUCUCGACGUGACGAUCAUCGAAAUCGACCAGGCCGUGUAUGACGCCGCCCACCGCUUCUUUGGGGUACCGGACCCUGGCCCCGAUAAGCUGUUCAUCCAGGACGCGCGGGGGUGGGUCCACAAUCGUAGUGCGACGCUCACUGAGUCGACUACCGCGACUGCGCCGGUGACGGAUGGCGACCUUGCCUCGCCGGAGUUGUACGACAUUGUUGUGCACGACUGUUUCUCGGGCGGAGGCGUCCCUAGUCACCUCUACACUUUCGAGUUCUGGAAAGACCUCAAGAACAUCGUCCGACCUGACGGAGUUGUCGUUGUGAACUUCGCUGGCAUUCUGACGUCAGACUCGGGCAAAGCCGUCAUAAACACUUUGCAGGUUUCCUUCCCGCGCUGCCGCGCAUUUUACGAUUCUCUAGAGCAGUCGCACAACAUGACGUCCGAAUUCCUCAACUGGGUCUUCUUCUGCACGCUCUCCCCGCAGCCGCUGGAGUUCCGCAGACCCGUCGACGCCGACUUCCUCGGCUCGUACCUCCGCCGCCACGUCUUCCUGCAGCUCCCCGAGCGCGAGGCGGACCUGUCGGAGGUCAUCGACAGCAUACCCGUCGACGGCCGCGAGAAGUAUCUGUUGAAGGACGGUGCGAACCCGCUUGGGGAGUGGCAGGCGAAGGAGGCGAUCGGGCACUGGAAGAUCAUGCGCGGGGUGCUGCCGGACACGUACUGGGAGACGUACUAGGUGCACUUUGUCCGUGCGUGGCGUGGCGGUGUUGACGUGGCCUGGAGGUGAGAGCGAUGAUGUGACCUGCAUACCUUGUAUUCGUAUUCGUAGCGAAGACCCCUCGAUUCUGCAACCUUAUAAGCUCUUG